ACGCGGGAAAGUUGAGAAUUUCCGAGCGCUAUAAUUCGUAUUCUAUUUUUAAAUCACCGCGUCUGCACUCCUGAAAUAGAUAGUGUUGAAGUUUUUGAAGUUAUUCGUGCACGUUUUACUAUUUAAAAUAUUAAAUUCAUUUAAAAUAAUUAAAAUUGGAAUUAUUCUAACGUUCUUUGUUCAUUUAAAGAAUAAUGGCUGAUCCAGCGCAAGUCCAAGCGAGUGGUGAAGGUGGGAAGCCAGCUGAAAAUCCACCUGUGGAUUUGAAGGCAGAACUGAAACCAGUAGAGAAUGUUACAAAAACAGAUAGCGCUCAACCAGAACAAGUUGAAGACAAGACACAAACAGCACAAAUUGUAACUGAAAAUGUUACAAAGGCAGACGAUACUCAGGUAAAGGCACCUGAAGCUAGUCCGGAUGUAGGAAAAGUUCAACCUACAGUUGAUAAUCAUGAAAAGAAGGAAGAACCAAUUAAAGAAACUGUAUUGGUAGCGGAUAUCAAUGUAGCAAAAGAAGAUCAACAAAAAGAAGCUACAGAAAUUCUAAGUGCUGAUACAGAACUAAAAAACGCUCAAAAUAUACCUGAUACUGAGGAAAAAGGUGUUGUAAGUGUACCUAGUACUGAAGUGAAGGAAAAUGAGAUCAAGCCUAAAGAAUCUACAUCAGUUAACGCAGGUUCGAUGACAGAUGAAACUCAGUUAAAAGAGGGUGACUGGCAACAAAGAGAACAAGAACUACUCCAGAAGAUUGAAGUAUUGGAAAAGGUUAAGACGGAAAAGUCUGAAGAUGGUCUUAGACUGGAACUAAAGGUACGCGAAGAAGAAAUAGAUUUACUCAAGGCAAGGGUUAAGAAUCUAGAAACUGAACUGCAAGCAGCUUUAUCCAAACCAGGCGGCAAGAACCACGAAAUGAUGGAGAAGAUCAAACAACAACAUGAGGAGCUACUCAGCAAAGCUCGCGGAAUGAUCUUCGAUAAGACGAAGAUGGUUAAGAAUCAAGAGCUACAGAUACAGGCGUUGACGACUCAAGUACAGUCUCUGAAGGAUAUCAACCAGAUAACUAAGGACUUACUGGAAAUAAGGAACUCCGAAGUUAAAGCUAUGGAAGACCGCCUGCAAGUGAUGGAGGCCCGUUUCAAGGCGGAGAAGGAACGCUACGAUCUCGUCCUGAAGCGAGCCGCUACGAGUAACAAUAUCAACGACGACUUGCGUCGCGAGUAUGAGACACAGCUCGCUCUGUUCAAAGAAUUACGAGAGAAAUACGACCUGAGGGUCCAAGCCCUGGUGGCUGAAAAUAACCGACUCAAGGAAUCGAACGGCGGGACAUCGGGCUGAUAUAAAACGAAUCCCAUUACAUAUAUAAAUAUAUAAAUACUUAUUGCGUUUUAUUUGUACCAAUGUGUGCGAAGUAUAAACACAGAUAUUUAUUCUUCGAUUUCAAUCAAUUGUGUCUUUGUUUGUUUUUCAAUAGGGUUUUAUUGGUACCCCAUUUUGACACAAUUAUAAUAUUUUGCAGCAUUUUGAUAGCAUUACAUCACCAUCGUGACGUCAUUAUGACAACGUUGUGCCAUCACUACUUCUCCAUCAUUUUAAUGCAUUUAUUUAUUACGUUAUCUCUGUGACGUCAUAAUGACACUAUUAUAAAGCAAAUAUAGUUUUUGAUUGA